GGUGCUGAGGGAGUACGCGGGGCCGGGCGCGGUGCGGGUGCUGGAGGUGGGCUCGGGCGCGGGGCUCCACGCAGCGCAUUUCGCGCGGGCGCUGCCGCAGACGCGCUGGCAGCCCUCGGACAUCGACCCCCGGGCGCUGCGCAGGUGAGCGGGACCGAAGGUGCCAGGGGGACGGACGGGGGAACCCCGGGGGCAGCGCCUGCAGCCCCCUCCCACGGCCCCAUGGACCUGCGGUCCCGGAUCCCCUCUUUUUUUUUUUUUUUUUUUUUUUUUUUCCCCUUCAUUUAUUUUAUUUAAUUUGGGGAUUUUGGGGAAACCCCAGUAUCUGACUCUCCUGCAGCCCAGGCUCUCCUGCUUAGGCCUCUGUUUCCUCCAGGAAAACCCCGAUAUCCAGCUCUUGGUUGAGCUGGAUGCAUAUUUUUCCCUAGAAAAGACCCGCUCAACAGUGGGCCCAGGCUCCACAUUUUCUUUUUUUCAGGAAAAACCCAAUAGCCAAAGCUCUCUUGAUAUCUCUUGCCUCUCCAGCAGCCCAGGCUCCCCCACCAAGUGCUGUAUUCUUUCCAGGAAAACCACAAUAUCCUGCUCUCAGAUGAGCUUAAUGUGUAAUUUUUCCCAGCAAAGACCCCCUUGGACAGCCCAGGCUCUCUGGCUUGACGCUUUAUUUUUUCCAGGCAAAACCACAAUAUUCAACCCUUGCCCAGUGCAGGCUCCCCAGGUCAAUACUCACUAUAUUUUUUUUUUCCAAUAAAUCCCCAAUUUCCAACUCCCAAACAACCCAUGCUCCAGACUUUAUUUUUCCCAGAAAACUCCCAAAAUCCAGCUUUCCACUGUAGGAAAAAAAAAAAAAAAAAAAAAAGCCUGGAGGUCUGGAGGUGUUGGAACCAGCAUCUGUCUAGGGGGAGUUUUGUGCUGCCCACCCAGCAGCACUCACCACCCUGGAUAAAAAUAAUCCCCAGACUGGGAGGCUGCAGGAGCUGAGACCUGGGUGGUGAAUGUGCCAGAAAGGGUGUAAAUAACACCAGAAUCAGGAGGUGUUGGUGCAGUGGUGCCAGUGGGGUGCCCCACGAGGGGAGGGUGCUCCAAAACUGGGGAGUUUAGGUCCUGAGGCCUCCAUCCUCAUGCUGCUGGUCAUCCAGGUACUUCCAAUUCUCAAUCUGCCAGCUGGAAGCAGAGGGCUGGGCAAAGAGCCCCCAGGCUGUGCUGCACCCACAUCCACGUGGAAUGACAAUUCCACGGCUGAGAGCCCGUCCAGGGGAUUGUCCCUGCCUGCAGCAGUGCUGGGGGUGCACGGGGGGGACCCUGCUGGGCUUGAGGUGGGGUGUGGUGCCCACAGCAUCGCUGCCUACGUGAAGGCCACGGGAGUGCCCAACCUGCUGCCCCCCAUCCUGCUGGACGUGUCACAGGGCUGGGAGACCUGGGGGGGCACCCAGCCCGCCACCCUCGACCUCCUCGUCAGCAUCAACAUGAUGCACAUCGCAGAGCUGCAGUGCACCGAGGGCCUGUUCAAGGGUGCCGGGGUGCUGCUGAAGCCCGGAGGUGUGCUCUUCACCUAUGGGCCCUACGCCGUGGACGGCCAGAUCAGCCCCCAGAGCAACGUGGACUUUGACCGCAGCCUGAGGCAGAGCAAUCCCGCCUGGGGGCUGCGGGACACGGCGCUGCUGCGGGAGCUGGCCCAGGCCAACGGGCUGUGCCUGGAGAGGAUGGUGGACAUGCCGGCCAACAACAAGAGCCUGAUCUUCCGCAAGCUGUAACCUGCCCUGCCAGCGCUGCCAGCGCCUCCCGGCACUGCUGUCCCCGCUGAUGCCUCCUGCAGGGAUGUCACUGUCCCACCAUGGCUUCCGCUGGGGCUGGGGACAGCAGUGAUGGGACAGACUCACCCCAGAUGGGGCUGACUUGGCUGGGGGGGUUCCAUCUCUGCCUUUGGAGCCCCCUUUGCAGUGGGGAGCCUGGACCAGCCUGGACCACAGGAGCCAGCACAGCUGCCAUGGGGGGACACAACACCCCUGAGCAUCAAGGAGACUCCUUGCUCCAUUUCCUUGAAGGAUGCUGUGCUGAUGGUGUCCCCCUCCCCCCCCCCCUCCCCAGGACUGUGCUGCUGCCCCCCAGUAAACUCUGGCUUUG